AUGUUAUAAUAAUCAGAGAAAGACUUCACAAUUGAACAAGUGGUUGGAACAGGCACAUUUGGCAUGGUGCACUUGGUAUGUGUGGAUUGAAUAAUAGUUAGGCUACUGAUAAUAGAACGAAGGAGAAGGUUGCGAUUAAGAAGGUGUACUAGGAUCGCAGAUACAAAAACAGAGAGCAUUUGAUCAUUUAAGAAUUAAAUCAUCCUUGUGUAGUUAUGUUACGCCAUUCAUUCUUUACACCUGGAGAGAAUGUAUAUUGAAAUUUAUAUUGAUUAUGUAGCCAUAAGAUGUGUACCUUAAUCUUGUAAUGGAAUAUGUACCAGAGACACUUUCAAAGAUGAUACGUCAGAUACGCAAGCAGAAGCAAACUAUCCCAUCCACAUAAUUAAAGCUUUACAGCUAUUAAAUGCUUCGUGCGCUGCUCUACCUGCAGGGUACUGAGACUUAUCCCAACUAGCCAUCGGAAUAUGCCAUAGAGACAUAAAACCCCAGAACAUCCUGAUCAACCUUGAAACCAAUGUCCUUAAAAUUUGUGAUUUUGGCUCUGCUAAAAGGCUUGUAGUAGGUGAACCUAACAUUGCGUACAUUUGUUCUCGCUACUACAGAGCGCCAGAAUUAAUUUUUGGAGCAACCGAUUAUACUACACAAAUCGACAUGUGGUCUAUUGGUUGUGUUAUUGUUGAGAUGGUCAUAUUGGAACCAAUCUUUCCAGGAGAAAGUGCCUAAGACUAACUUUUGUAGAUAAUUAAGAUUCUUGGUACACCAACACCUGAAGUUAUCAAGCAAAUGAAUCCAGCCAAAGCUGAAGUCAAAUUACCUAUGAUUAAAGGGAAUCCUUGGUCCAAGUUAUUGGCUAAGCAUAAAUUAGAUCUUUUAUUUUUAGAUCUUAUAACAUAAAUGCUUACGUAAAAUUCAUCCUUCUUAAUAUUUAGUUACUCUCCAAAAGCUAGGAUUCAACCAAUUGAUGCACUUUUGCAUCCAUACUUUGAUGACCUAAGAAAAGAAGAAUUUGCUAAAUCAAAUAUCAAGUCGCCAAAUCUAUUUGACUUUAACAAAUAAGAAUUAAGUGUUAAACCCGAACUAAAUUCUAAAUUAAUCCCAUAAUGGUAUUCUAAGCUAAAUACCUGAUU